GAGAGAGAGAGAGAAUUGUGCAAAAAGGUAGUAUUGCAUAUUUUGUGCUCCGAUCAUCAUGAUGUUAAAAAUCUUUUCCCAGCUGAUCCUCUUCUGCUGGGUAGUAUUUUCACCGUUGUGGUCGGCAACGGCUGCUUCAUUUAUCCAGACGAAGCCCGGUUGCCUAGCUAAAUGCGGGAAUGUUGACAUUCCAUAUCCGUUUGGUAUAGAUACCACAAUUGGCGGCAGCAGUGGGGAUCAGUUCGGUUUGAACUGCUCCAUUGAUGGAGUUGGGAUUGGAUACAGCUUAAGGUGUAAUACUUCUUUUGACCCUCCUAAGCCCUUUUUGGGCAUGGGUGAAGUCUUGAAUAUAUCCGAGACUGAAAUACGACUGAAAAACCAGCACCCAGGCCACUUAUGCUACAAUAGAAGUGAUAUCGCUCCAAAUUAUGAUACAGAUGAUCAGAUGCUAAUAAUAAACAUAAAUAGGACCUCAUUUACACUCUCGCAUACCAAAAACAAGUUGUUUGGUGUCGGGUGUGACACAAGAGCUCAGCUUAUGGGAUUCCUCAUAGGUAGUGGCAAUGUCAGUUAUGUAAGUGAGUGUAUGCCAGAAUGUAAUAGCGAAGAUAAGGUGGAAGAAGGGUCUUGCAGAGGCAAAGGUUGUUGCGAGUUGGCUUUCCCCAAGGGGCUCAACAAAUUUGUAGGAUCUGUGCGCUCUUUUGACAACCAUACAAACAUCUGGUCUUUUGAUCCUUGCAGUUCUGUCAUGGUUGCUGAGCAAGAGCAGUUCAAGUUUCGUGCAUCAGAUCUUCUUCCAGCCGCCAAUUUCCUUGAGAGAGCGAAAGCUAUGCCUUUUGUUCUGGAUUGGGCGAUAGGGAAUAUAAAUUGUGAAGAAGCACAGAAAGACUUGGCCAGCAACGACACUUUCGUUUGCAAAGAGAACAGUAAAUGUAUCAAUUCCGAAAACAAUCCUGGAUAUCGUUGCACUUGUUAUGAAGGAUACGAAGGAAAUCCUUAUCUCAGUCCUGGAUGUCAAGACGUGAAUGAGUGCGAGGAUCAAACCAAUAAUCCUUGCAUAGGGAUAUGCACGAAUACUGAAGGAAGUUACACUUGUACUUGCCCUAAGGGAAGCAAUGGUGAUGGGAAGAAAGACGGAAGUGGUUGUACCAAGAAACAAGAAUCUCCAUUAUUGCGGAUCAGUCUCGGUGUUGGCUUAGGAUUAUUGUUUUUGGUAAUCGGCCUUUCUUGGUUAUACAUAAGCAUAAUGAAGAGAAACCGCAUCAAACUCAGAGAAAAAUUCUUUGAGCAGAAUGGUGGAUUGCUACUAAAACAAAAUGUACCCUCAAGUGAAGGUGGUGUCGAGUCCACUAAGAUCUACACAGCAAAAGAGCUAGAAUUGGCAACCAACAACUACGAUAAGAAUCGAGUGCUGGGAGAAGGAGGUUAUGGAACUGUUUACAAGGGAAUCUUAUCUGAUAAUCGGGAAGUUGCCAUUAAGAAAUCAAAGAUAGUUGACCAGAGUCAGGUUGAGCAGUUCAUAAAUGAGGUUAUCAUUCUAACUCGGAUUAAUCAUCGAAAUGUCGUAAAACUAUUGGGCUGUUGUUUGGAGACUAAAGUUCCUUUGCUUGUUUAUGAAUAUGUCUCUAAUGGCACCCUUUAUCAACAUAUCCAUAACAGUAGAAGCGAGACAUCUUCUAUUUCCUGGCACAACCGUUUGAGGAUUGCUACUGAAACUGCAAGUGCAAUUGCAUAUUUGCACUCCGCCGCUUCUACACCCAUCAUUCACAGAGAUAUCAAGUCCGUUAACAUUUUACUAGAUGGUAAUUACACUGCAAAAGUAUCUGAUUUUGGAGCAUCAAGGUUGAUCCCUUUGGACCAAACCGAAAUAGUGACACUCGUUCAGGGGACCUUGGGGUACUUGGAUCCUGACUACUUCAAGACCAGUCAGUUGACAGAGAAGAGUGAUGUUUACAGUUUUGGGGUUGUUCUUCUUGAACUCUUAACCGGAGAAAAACCUGUUUCUUUUGCGAGGUCCGAAGAACAAAGAAAUCUUGCAUCGUUUUUCAUUUCAGAAAUGAAAGAUGAAAACGCUCUAAUUCAACUCCUCGAUGCUCAAGUAGUAAAAGAGGAAAAGUUGGAGCAUCUCCUCCCAGUUGCAGAGCUUGCAAAGAGAUGUCUUGCGAUGAAGAGUGAAGAAAGGCCUACAAUGAUGCAAGUUGUAGCAGAGCUUGAAGAUUUGAGGAAGUUGGGGAUGUCCCAAAACAAUAAUACGAGGUUUGUACCAUCAGAGCCAACAGAUUUGUACAGUGUGCCAAUGAGCUAUUCCACCAUCUUCGAUUCUGGAGAAUGCAGUACCUACACCACAAAUACAAUGGCUUCCAUGAGGGAUCCCCGAUCUGACUCAUCUGAUUUAAAAAGCGUGACGGUGAUCAUCUGGUGCUGGCAAAUUACAUUAGUUUCAUCAUCAUUAUCAUUCUUCCAGACGAAGCCUGGCUGCGAAUCCAAAUGCGGGGAUGUUAGCAUUCCUUACCCAUUUGGCAUUUUAUCCUCAUCUUCUUCAUCAGGAAGAGACUGCUCCAUCGAUGGUGCACUUGGAAGUUAUGGCUUCAGCAUUAACUGCAAUACUUCUUAUGAUCCUCCAAAGGCUUUCUUAGCUUCUGGCAAAGGUGAAAAUGAACAGUUCUUUGUCUGGAUAGGUGAAACUCUAGAACUCAACCUUGAAAUUUUAAGUAUAUCAGAGUCCGAAAUUCGCCUUAAAACCUGGCAAACCACCUCAUGUUACAAUAAAUCUGGUGCUUUGCUAACGGCGCCACGACGAUUUAUACAAGUUGAUUUUAGCGGAUCCCCAUAUACAUUUUCGGAAACCAAAAACAGAGUGUUUGCAGUUGGCUGUGAUACAUUUGCGAGUACCGAUAUGUCUGAUACCUUUAAUAAGACUUACUCACACAAGUGUCGAUCAAUAUGUGCUAGCCGAGAAAAUGUGUUAGAUCAAGCAGGUUCUUGCACUGGUAGUGGGUGUUGCCAAAUGUCAUUUCCUAAGGGGCAAACUGAGUUUAUAGGAGUCCAGGUGAGCCCAAGCAAUCACACCGACGUAUGGUCUUUCAAUCCUUGUAGCUCUUUGUUCAUGGCUGAGCAAGAUCAUUACAAGUUCAAUCCUGCAACUGAUCUUCUAAACCCUCCCAAAAACAUUUCCCUAGUUUACAAGGAAGGGAAUAAAGAUAUACCAAUACCUGUGGUGCUUAAUUGGGCUAUCGGGAAUAAGACGUGUGAAGAAGCACAAAAAGACCAGGCCACUUUUGCAUGUCACCAGGAAUACAAUACUUACUGUAUCGAUUCUGACAACGGUCUUGGAUAUCGCUGCUCUUGCAAUAAGGGUUACGAGGGGAAUCCUUAUUUCAGCCCUGGAUGCCAAGACGUGAAUGAGUGUGAAGAUCCAAUGAACAACCCUUGUGAAGGGGAUUGCACAAAUACUAUUGGGAGUUAUGGUUGUAGUUGUCCAAAAGGAAGUUCUGGAGACGGGAGGAAAGAUGGAAGUAGUUGUGCACCCAACAACAACGAGUUUCCUAUCAUAAAAGUUGCUAUUGGUACCGAGGUAGCCUUCGUAUCUUUAGUUAUUGUCAGUUCUUGGUUAUUUUUAACCAUUAGGAGAAGGAAGUUAAACAGGCUUAAAGAGAAAUUCUUUCAACAAAAUGGUGGUUUACAACUACAAAAACAAAUAGGCUUACAUGAAAAUGGUGUGCAAUCAACACAAAUAUUUACAGCAAAAGAGCUAAAAAGAGCUACUAACAAUUACAACAAGAAUCUAGUACUAGGGCGAGGAGGCUUUGGUACAGUCUACAAGGGAACUUUAUCUGAUAAUCGGAUUGUUGCUAUUAAGAAGUCUAAAAUAGUUGACAAAAGCCAGAUUGAGCAAUUCAUCAAUGAGGUUGUAAUUCUAACUCAAGUUCACCAUCGAAACGUGGUAAAACUAUUGGGAUGUUGCUUGGAAACUGAAGUCCUGCUACUUGUGUAUGAAUAUGUUUCCAAUGGCACCCUCUCCCACCAUCUCUAUCACAAGGUUAAUGGAAUAUCCACCAUUUCUUGGGAAGGUCGUUUGAGGAUAGCAAUUGAAACUGCCUCAGCACUUGGAUAUUUGCACUCUGCUGCCACUGUACCUGUUAUCCACAGAGAUAUGAAGUCGGCCAACAUCCUUUUAGACGAAAAUUACACUGCGAAAGUAUCAGAUUUUGGAGCAUCGAUGUUGGUUCCUCUGGACCAGACCCAAGUAACCACAUUAGUACAAGGGACGAUUGGGUAUCUGGAUCCAGAAUACUUCCUAACCAGCCAAUUGACAGAGAAAAGUGAUGUUUACAGUUUUGGUGUUGUUCUUGUUGAACUUUUAACAGGAGAAAAACCAUUACUUCUUGAUAGAUGUGAAGAACAACGUAAUUUUACAACGUAUUACAUUUCAUCAUUGGGAGAUAGAAGAAUGUUUGAACUUCUUGAUGCUCGAGUUUUGAAUGAGGGAAAGCAAGAACAAAUUCUUAUAAUUGCAAAGCUCGCAGAAAGAUGUUUAAACAUGAAAGGGAAAGAUAGGCCUAAGAUGGUUGAAGUAGCAGCAGAACUAGAAGGUUUGAGGAGGAUUCUAGAGACACUUACACCUGGGACUGAUUAUCAUCAUCCAAAUUAUGGAAAUAAGAAAACUCACAAGCUUGAGGAAGGCGAUCUUUACCCUGUGCCAUUAACUGUUGAUCAGUAUAUGGAGACAGAUAUGACCAUGUCUAUGAACAUCCCCUCAUGAGUGUACUUAUGUUAGUCCCCAAACACAUUUUUUGUUUGUCUAAACACAUAUCAAGUACUGUCUAACACAUUUUUUG